AGCUGAUGACGCGUUUGACGUCACGGAUCCAAAACAUCUGUUAGCCUCACAGCUGCUAGCUGAUGCUAAUCUGUUAGCCACCGAGCUAAGUCUCAGGAAACUGUUCAGCGCGUGUCCGUGGACUCAGUCCGCAUCAAACAGCAGCUCCAGGUUGUGUCCCUGGCGGUGCAGCCCAGCGACAGGAUGGGGAAGCAGAGUAAGGAGGCAGCUGCUGCUGGAUCGAGCCGAGCGGACAAGAUGUCCGAGAGUCCAGAGCAAAGUGUGUGUGUGUCGGCUCAGGAGCUGAAGGAGCAGGGGAACCGACUGUUUCUGAGCCGCAAGUACCCGGAGGCUGCUGCCUGCUACAGCAGCGCUAUAACCCACAGUCCCUCGGUCCCGGCGUUCUACACCAACAGAGCUCUGUGCUACGUGAAGCUGCAGCAGUACGACAAAGCUCUGAGCGACUGCAGACACGCUCUGGAGCUGGACAGCCAGUCGGUCAAAGCUCAUUUCUUCAUGGGCCAGUGUCACCUGGAGACGGAGAGCUAUGACGAGGCCAUCGGCCACCUGCAGAAAGCUUAUAACCUGGCAAAAGAGCAGCGCCUGAACUUUGGUGACGACAUCCCCGGCGCUCUGCGGUUAGCUAAGAAGAAACGCUGGAGCAGCCUGGAGGAGAGGAGGAUCCACCAGGAGAGCGAGCUGCACGCCUACCUCACCGAGCUCAUCGUCGCUGAGAAACACAGAGAGCUGGAGGGCUGCAGGCGGACGCAGGAGGACAAGACUGACAACGGCCAAACUCAACACGGUCUCAACGAGAUCCACACCAAACACGACAAAUAUCUGUCAGACCUGGAGGAGCUCUUCUGUCAAGUAGACGAGAAGAGGAAGAAGCGAGAGAUCCCAGACUUCCUGUGUGGAAAGAUCAGCUUUGAGUUGAUGAGGGAGCCGUGCAUCACGCCCAGCGGCGUCACGUACGACCGGAAAGACAUCGAGGAGCAUCUGCAGCGAGUUGGACACUUUGACCCGGUGACACGAAAUCCACUGACACAGGAUCAGCUGAUCCCCAACCUGGCCAUGAAGGAAGUCAUCGAUGCUUUUAUUUUGGAGAAUGGAUGGGUGGAGGACUACUGAACAAUGAGGAGGAAGUGAGGUUUAUUUUGACAGGUUAGGAAAAGAAAGAAGCGUUUGGUUGCAGGUCGUCGUCCACGACCUGCAGUUUAUUGAGCAGCUGCACGUUUUUUAUAAUAAACAAAUAAAAAUAAAUAAAUAUGUUUAGCUUUAAAUUAAACUCAUCACAGGUUCAUCAUUAAAUGUGUCAGGAAAAUGGUUAAAACAUCCACGAUAAGAAAAACAAAGCCAUAUGUUCGCAUUCAUGUCAGGAAAUUCCUAUUUUUCUGUUACUGUUACCAUGACAACAUGAAACUAGAGGAGAGUAAUGGAAAAUUAGAGGAAAAUACAGAGCUGUGAAGAGUUACUUCACUUAUAUAUAAAAAUAUAUGUAAAUAAAAUACAAGUAAGAAAUGUGAAAAGAGGCUCAGAGAAAAAAAAGAAAUUACUGGAUAAAUCAAGAAACUUCUGACAAAAAACAAAGAAGAAAACAGAUAUUUUGGCUUUUUCAAUGAAAAAGUAGCUUCUGGCUGAUAAACGUCAUCACACUUGAACGUGUCGCGGUCCGAACGCCGGCUGCAGCGUUUCUGUCGCCACAAUUGAAUCUGCGUUCAAACUGAAUUUAUGGUCUGAGCCUGUCGAUAUGAACGGGAACAUUUCAGGCAGGAAUCGCAACGUGACAGCAGCUGAGAAUCAACAACGUGCUGACGACAAUCAGAUUAGUCACAGAAAGGAAUCAGGUUAUAAACUGCAGCUGUCGUGGUGUUGAGACAGAGGCUGAGUGUUCGGGCUUCUUUAACGAGUCGGUGGAUUGUAGAAGCUCAGUUACACUAAUGUGAUGGGAAAAACGUUUCUGGGAGAAACUGUACUUUAGUUCAGGAUCUUUUAUUUCAUCAGCGACAAACAGGCUCCACUCUGUAAAAGGACCACUUUUUAUUUUAUACACUGAUGCUGAGUUGUACAAAUAUUAAUUGUGUUCUAGUAUUUGUUUUGUUUUGUACUUGUUGAGUGAUAAGUAUUUUUUAAAGGAGACACAAUCUGCUUCUGUUGCUUUGGUCAUGAAAUACACAUUAUUAUUAUUAUUAUAAUCUUCAUCAUGAGGAAACGUGGCUGGAAUGUUUCUGUUGUUCGUCUUUAGUCCCUGAAAUGAAACGUCUUCAUCGUCCAGACCAAAAUAAAACCAGAAGAAAAACAGUUUGUCAGA